CUUCGCGUUCUCUCUCAAAAAAAAAAAAAACUGUCAAAAGGCUCUCUCCCGCGAGGUUGAUAGAAAAACACACACUCUUUUGCAACGUUUGCACGCAAUGAUUGAGCAACACACACACUGGGUGGGUUCAACAGAAAGCCUGUUACAUCAGCUGUCGAAUGGCGCUGGUUUCAUGGCCAUCGAACAGUCACAGCACGAAGUGAACGGCGCCAAAAGCAGGCACUUCAUGGCAGCAAUUUUCAAGCGGGCAUACCUGUUGCGGUUCGGGAAACAAAUUAGGUUCUAAAAUAGAACCUGACGCAAACUGCUCAACAUGGCGCGUACAACGCCAAAAACAAAUUUGAAUUUGAGCCGGCCAUUGUAGAGCAACUCGCCGUCCACGCCAGGCACCUGGCCAAUCCAGCACCCACCAUAACCAAGCGUGGAAGACGGGUACUGACAGGCGGCACCAGUGGCCGCCCACCUAAAGCGAUCAAGGGGGCCAACGCUGCGGCCGCGAGAAAUUGAAAGGCUAUGAACAAGCUCCUGGAUGAUAUCGAGAAGAGAGUGGCGGCCACCGCCGCUGCCGAAGCAGCGAUCGCGGCCAAGGAAGAAGAGGUGAAGGCCAUGAAGGCGUCAGUGGCCAGGGAUCGGGGGAAGCUCGCGCGGGACAUCGCGAGAUCAGACGUGCUUCAACAGCAGCGCGAACGGCGAGAGCAGGAUCGUGUCAGCAAGGCUGCUGAAGCGGCGAUUUCCAAGCUUCCCCCUCUCGCGCUGAAGUUUGUCGAGGACUCUGUGCAAUCACUGAGGCCCAAGACUGGCGAGCUCACCACCCUGCAGCAGUCGCGGAUUAUUCUCAUGCUGUACUUCGACCUGGUGAAAGGAGGCAGCUCUGAGAACCACGCAAAGGAGCAGGUCGCGAAGACCUUGAGGAUCGGUACGGACAAGGUCCUGGCGGUUCGCACACUCUGGUAUGACAAGCAGGAGUUGUACGAGACCAACGGGAAGGGGCGAGGCAAGGCCACCAGCUUCGAUGACGGGCGACGUGUCAUCACCAAGGAGCAAGAGGAUGGACUGCGCGAGUUCAUCAAGGGCGAGCACGAGGCGGGACGUCAAGUCUUCCGCCGUACCGGCAAGGAUUACUUGGAGUGUUCGUGCGGAUUAGAGAUGUCGAAUCGUGCCGUGGGAGGGUUGCUGCAGCGCCUUGGCUUCGAGCGCUGUAGGGGUAGGAUCAAAAUACCCCCGUUGAACGAGGAGAGGAAAAACCGCAUCCGCCUCUUCCUUGUUAAGAUGCUCCUCGCGAAGAGGCCCGAGGACGCUGGGGUCGCAGUCAUUGUGUACAUAGAUGAGAGCUUUGUUCACCAGGUAUAUGGUUCCGCGUACUCUUACUUUCCUUCUGACGAUAAGGGGAUUGUGCAGGAUGGGUAGGCCGUACAACGGGGAAAGGUUUGCGUAUGAUCAUGGUGCAUGCGAUCACGAAGCACGGGCCCUUGGCCGAGCUACAGGAGGGAUUUCCUAUCCGUGAGGGUUGGUUCAAGGCUAAGGAAA